CAUAUCUCUUUUUAAUACAGAAUUAAUUAAUUACCGAGCUUAGCCUAACUGUUCACUUGCUUUAUUUCUAUUAUAUAUUUCUAUUUUUCAUUUUUCCUUUCCUAAAAACAAAGAGAAGGUGAAAUAUCAGGAGAAUACAAUUGGAGCCCUCCCGGUCAGCGUUUUUGCUCUCUGAUUUGUUCGAGGGUUUUUCUCAAUAUGGAGAGAGAUUUCCUGGGGUUGCAUUCUAAGGAAUCUGCUGCGGUGAAAGAGGAAUUUGUCGACGGAAGUUGCGAGGACUUUGAAUAUAAAAGGAGCUCCGGAGGACCGACUGGCUUCCCACAUUUUGUGUCAUUGAAGUCAGAGCAAGACAAAAAACCAUCAAAAAUAAACUCCGACCUUGCAUCUCAUGGAUACAAGAAUUUUGGAGGUACUUCAAUGAAGCAACAAUCUCUUGUUGGGAAUCAAGUUUCAACGCCCCAUCUUCCUUCAGCUGCAAUGGUUGGAGCAACUGAGCUAUGGACUAAUUCUAUGGCUUCCACUGUUUCUACUCAAUUGACCAUUUUCUAUGGUGGAGUUGUUCAUGUCUUUGAUGGCAUUACCCCUGAAAAGGCUGAGGCAAUUGUACUUUUGGCUGGAGCUGGAUGUAUACCAUCCAGCGUGGCACACCAAAAGCUUCACCUGCAAGCAACUGCCUCCAAACUCCCAACAGUAGAUCAGGCAUUAGCGAAUCAAAAUAUGACACCAGGCUGUGAUCUCCCAAGCCCCAUCUCUGUUACGUCUCACCCAAGCGAUCAGUCCGGGAUUCCAGCUGUUAACAAUAAUGAUGUAAAGGGAUCUCAGACUACUGGUAUGCCCGCCAAUCUAGGCGCCAAAGUCGAGCUGUCUAAAGUGAUGUCACCCAUGGGAUCUAUGGGUGCGUCGGCUAUAAUCUCAUCGGCUGUGCCACUGGCACGGAAGGCAUCCCUUGCUCGCUUUUUGGAGAAGCGCAAGGAAAGGGUUAUGAAUGCAUCACCAUACAGCCUUAGCAAGAAGAAUACUGAUUGCGCCACUCCUGAGUCCAAUGGUAUUGGCUUUUCCGCUACUUCUGGGGCCAGUUCUAGUUCUAUCUCCAUCAGCAAGGAGAUUAGUGGUGAUGCCUAAGAUUAAUCAUCUAUAAGAAAGUAUUACUCAUGUAUCAAAAAAACUCUGUAAGCAUUUAAAAAAUGGUGUACAAUACACUUAAUGGCUGUCACUCUAGAAUUGUGCGUUGAGUUGUGAACUCUAUAGACAUGAGACAAAAGUAUUGUAUGAUCUAUCCAUAAAGAUGUUAUAUUCUUUGUGAUCUUCUCUUUCUCCA